AUGACUGACGUCGAAAUCCACCGAACAGACUCAAAGGGAAGCGCACAAGAGCUUGAGAAGCCCCGCAUCGAGGAGGAGGAGUUGGCGGCGCUGCCGACUGCCCAGGCCAAGAUCGCCCAGCAGAAUGCAGCUCUGUACCUCGAAGCCCUCGAGCGUUACGGCGCCGAUGGAUCUGGCCUCGACCCCGUCGCCGAGAAGAAACUGAAGAGGAAGCUGGACCUUCGCAUCAUCCCAGCUCUUGCUGUGUGCUACUUCUUCUACUAUGUCGACAAGACGACGCUAUCCUACGCUGCUAUUUACGGAAUCAAGGACGACAUCAACAUGGGCUCCACGGGAUACUCGUGGCUCUCGUCAAUCUUCUACUUUGGCUGGCUCGCGUGGGCGAUCCCCUCGAACCUGAUCAUGCAGCGCUCUCCUCCCGCGUACUACCUGGCGUUCAACAUCUUCUGGUGGGGCGCCCUGCUCAUGUGCCAGGCGGCCGCGACCAACUUUGCGGGCCUUGCUGCCCUCCGUGUCCUGUCCGGUGCGAUGGAGGCCAUCGCCGACCCCGCCUUCAUGCUCAUCACGUCGCAGUACUACACGCGCUCUGAGCAGCCCUCGCGCAUCAGUGCGUGGUACUGUGCGAACGGUAUCGGUGUCGCCGGCGGCGGUCUCAUCGGCUAUGGUAUUGGAAACAUCAAGGGCGCACUUAACAGCUGGAGGUACGAGUUCCUUAUUGUCGGCGCGUUCUGUUCCGCCUGGGCCAUCGUGCUCGCGCUCGUGCUGCCCAACUCGCCCGCCAAGUUCAAGGGCUUCAGCCACGAGGAGAAGCUCAUGAUGAUUGCGCGCAUCGCCAAGAAUCAGACGGGUGUCGAGCAGAGGAAGAUCAACUGGAAGCAGGUCCGUGAGGCGUACACCGACUACAAGACGUGGAUGUUCUUCACACUCGGUCUCGUCGCUAACAUCCCCAACGGAAUCAUCAGCAACUUCUCCACGCUCGUUAUCAAGGGCCUCGGUUUCGACGAGCUCAAGACCUGUCUGCUCGGCAUUCCGCAGGGCGCUCUCGUCGUCAUCUGGAUUGGUCUCGGAGCGUUCGUCAACGCUCGUCUGCCGAAGAACUCGCGCACGAUUGUGUGCAUGCUUUUCAUGAUUCCCACCAUCGCGGGAGCGCUGGGCUUCCUCCUCUCUCCCGAGAAGGCCUACGUCGGCCGCCUUAUCUGCUUCUACCUGACGGGCAGUUACCAGGCGAGCUUUGUCAUCUCGCUCUCGCUCAUCACCUCCAACACCGGCGGACAGAGCAAGAAGAUGAUUGUGUCGGGCAUGAUCUGGUUCGGCGCGUGUAUCGGCAACAUUGUCGGCCCCUUCUUCUGCAAAGAGUCUCAGAAGCCGCGAUACCCCCUCGGCAUUGGCGCACUCCUCGUGGCCAACUGCCUCGAGCUCGCUCUCUUCUUCGUGUUCCGUUACGCUUUCAUCAUCGAGAACAGGAAGAAGAGGAAACAGCGCGAGGAGGCGCAGGCCAAUGGCACGCAGCAGAUCGCGGCUGACACGGCGUUCGCCGACAUGACGGACAAGGAGAACGUCAAGUGA